AUGUCGCGCCAGCUUAUUUCGAGCGAGAAGUUCCCACCCAAGCCGCACAACUGCCCUGCGGUCAAAGUGCCCGGUCUUGUGUUCCUCGCCGGCCAAACAGCGACGGGUGAGAUUAAGCAAGCAACAAGGACCGUCUUGCAAAAUCUGAAGGAGGUUCUGGAGCUCUCGGGGUCAUCUCUCGAACAGGUGGUCAAGUACAAUGUCUACCUUGCAGACAUGAAGGAUUUCGCAGCUAUGAACGAGGUCUACAUUGACUUCCUCCCAAAGCCUAUGCCAUCACGCUCGUGCCUCCAAGCACUUCCUCCUGGUGACGGCACAGUCAUCGAGAUUGAGUGCAUAGCACAGGUUUAA